AAAGAAGAAGAAAAAAGGGGGAAAGAAGGAAAUCAAAGGACAUGGGGAGGACACACACAGAAGAGAGAAGGAGAGUUUUCUACGCUCUCUCCAAGCUACCACCAACCACCACAACAGUAGUCGAGCAAGCAUGAACCACACCCACAAAUAUAACAAAACCGACACUCUACCCGUCGUUUGUUGUCGUUGUCGAUGUCGUUCGAUCGUAGUCUGUCUGUUUUGUUUUAUUUUGUUUUGCUUGUCUCCCUUUUUUCCGUUUUUCUUUUUCUCUUUACACGCUUUCUAUUUUACAGAUACCCGGAAUUUGAAGACACACCGUUGGUGGAAGGGAAGGGAGCGGAGCGGGGGGAGGGGCCAAUUGGGGAAGGGAAGGGAAUCAUCCAUCAUACGCCUUAGACAGUCACACACACAAACUCACAGAGCAUGUUAAUUUUAGUUCCUCGCACGCAGACCACGAACGAGGACCGGGAGGUGCGACAGAAGUCCUUAAGAACUUACUUAAUCGGGGAGAAACUAGCCUAGCACAGAGAGAGAGGGGGAGACGGAGGAAGAAAUAAAAAGAAAAUGAAAG